UUCGCCAUAUUUGCGGAAAGAGAAGCAAAGGCAGUGUGUUGUUUUGCAGUGUGCUGUAAUUUUCCACUUACUAGUGGAUCAGCGUUGAUAUCUGUCUUUCGCGAUGGAUUUAUUGACUCUAAUACUUCAUUAUCGUUCCCCCUUCACGAACCAUGGCACGUCAGAAUCUUCACUGUGUACAUAACCCCUCUUAUAAAGAGACUGGCGACACAGCCUUCCACAAAUACAGGCCUGUCUGUUGAGUCCGUCACUGUCUUUGGCCGAGUGUUAUUGUCAAAUAAUUCUUUGUCAGCCAUGGAAAUGCACAUUAAUAACUAUCAACUUCAUUCGAGAAGGGUAAACUUGACAUAAACAGCCACUAAUAUGAUUCUGUAAACCAAAAUACCCUCUUGGACGCGUAGAGAACUAGAGAUGGGGGAUCCCCAUGCACGGAAAAGUGCGGCCGUCAGCAGGCUUCGGCACCAACUUAGAAAGAAAAGAGAGUCGCUUGCUGACCAUUUUGAGUUCAAGAUGUAUAUUAUUUUUCAUUUCAAAGAAAAGAAGAAAAAGGUUGCUAUUUUUGAAGUAGCAGAAGUUGUUCCGGUAAUGACCAACAACUAUGAAGACAGUAUUCUCAAAGGUGUAAAGGAAGAGGCUUAUUCUUAUGAAAGCUCCCGAGAACUCCUAGACAAAGAUGUAGUUCAGUUGCAUGCUCCUAGGUGGCAGUCCAUGAGAAGGGAUGUCAUUGGAUGUACAACAGAGAUUGACUUUUUCCUUUGGCCUAGAAGUGACAUUGACAGGAUUGAGUGUCAACUCUUUUCUCGCUGGAAGGGAGACCAACUCCCAUUCAAACGUAUUGAGGCCAGCUUCUUGUUCAGUCACCUGGACUAUGAGAGACAGCUGAUGAGACUAGUGAGUCGGCGAGAUAAAGAGGGGCUCAUCAUCAACAACCCAUCCCAGACCAUGUUCCUCUUCAUAGACAAGCAGCAGCUACAGACUGCCAAGAACAAGAUCGUGGUGUUCAAGUUGUCCAGUGUCUGCCUCUAUCUGCCACAGGACCAGCUGACCCACUGGGGUGCAGGAAAUGUAGAGGAACUCGUUGCAACAUAUCUUUGACCCAGUGACUUUGACCUGACUAUGACACAGUUGGAGACGACCUUCUUCUUGACUAGUUCUGACCUAAGUGUCAGAUUGUAAUGUGUGUUUGAUAUGCUUUCUGUUUAGAUGGACUAAUGGUCAUACACAGAAAGCAUAGGCGCAAAUAUUUUUGUAAACAACUUCAUGACAAAUACAAACUCAAUUUCUUUCAAACAGGAUACCUUUACAUGGUGCAAGCAGAUGCUUUAUCUUGAGUAGGCUUGACUUGAGAUAUAUGUAUUGACAGCCCGAAAUGAGUCAGGAUAUAUAAUACUCUUAUAUUACGUUGUUUAACUGCAUUUGGUAUAAGCAGCUCUCUGGAUUAGAAAUGAAUUUCCCUCGACUUGAAAGUUGUUUGCUGUACAACAGGAACUAAAGGUUACAUAAUGUUAGUAUGUCAGUGAAACGGUACAAUAUUGUCAAUGUUAAAUCAAAUGUAGACACAUACUGUUAUAUGAUAAGUUACAAUUGAUUCAGCCAAAUCAUUGUUAUUUUAAAUGAUAAUUACAAAGCAUAAAUGAAAACAUUUCCAAAGAUUGCAUUAGUUAUGAUCAAACCUCAGUUUGCAUGAAGGAUUUUUAUGCAGAUGUCUGGAGCCAAGCCUACGCAAGUACUGAAGGAUCCAAGUUCAAACCCGUCUUCUUUUCUCCAUUUGCUCAUAUAGUGGUUCCCUAAGAUGGAAUGCUAUGUUGCAGAUACUGUAUGACUAAUGUACAUCUCAAUCAUGGGUUCCUCCUGAAGGUGAACUAAAUACCAAAGGUUCACGCCACCAUUGUUGUCACAUGUACCCACUGCAGUAGAUUAGAACCUUCUGUAUUCAAAACUGUACAGCUUUAGCAUCCUUGGAUUCCCAGGCCAUUUUUACUCAACUAUCUCCAAACUAUGUGGAAGACAUGGUGUCAAGUAAAGGGAUUGUAUGGCCUUAGUGGAUCCAUAACAAAAUGGCUAGGCCCCUCUGAGGAGGCAAUAGGAUGACUGCCUCUGGAAUAGUUAGAUGUGUUUCCAAAUGCCAAUUCAAUCUUGAGGAGGGAUGAUAUUAUUCAUGAGUGCAUAAUGCAAUUUUGAAAUUACUAGACUUGUUCAUGUUACUUUCUGCAAUGUCUAUGCUGAAGUAUAGGAGCUAAGACAGUUCUUUUUGGUGCUUAAUGUUAUUUAUGGGAGAUUAAGUGAAAUCAGAAUGGCCUGUGAAUCCUAGGAUAUACUUUUGUGUCUAGUGUAUAACAUUGGACAUUUUAACUUGAGAAAGAUUGGGCAAGACUGCAGUUUACUGGGCACAGCUUAUAGGCUAGCGCUUCUUGGAUCAGACUUCAGGUUGUGGCCCUCAUUUCACUGAUCUCGCAUGGCUUUUCGACCCUCCACUCUUACGGUUAGUUCUUUUGGGCUAUCGUAGGUUAUCCCCAACUCUAUCUCUAAGACCUUGAAUCACCUUUCUGAUCAAGCACCUCUUUACAAUCAUUUGGGUUGUUAGGUACCCCUUUCCGAUCACACACCCCUUCAUGAGUUAAGUUAUGGGUUAGCCUUCUCAACACUCUUAGCAUAUUAGUCCAAUGUAGUUUGAGGAAAAUCUUUUUAGAUUUUUAUAGAGUUUUUGAGUUUCAGGGGAAAAACAUGGCUGCUGCACAUGAUCAGGUUCUGAUCACUAGGAACACAAGUUCAAUGUAUUUGUGAUAUCAUGUAUGGUCCUGUGGUGAGGUGUUGGCUAAUUAGAUUAACAAAUAAACAUAGCUUAGCAAUGCGAGUUCGGUCCUCCGUUCUGCAAUCCGAAAAAGUGGACCCCAGUAAAGUGCAGUCCUCCCAAAAAUAUUUUAUUGCCUAUCUUUUGAAUACAAAUUGUCAAACAUGGACAAAUAAUAUUUUAGUUUUACUUCAUAGAUCAUAUGGACUGUUUUUAUGUGUAAUUGACAAAAUCUCAAGAUAUAUUUAAUAAUUGUUCAUUUCACAUAUUAAUUUUCACUAAAAUAUUAAUUUUGAAAUAAGAUCUUCUAAUCUAUUGCAGCUAUCAUUAUCAUUGUCAUAUAAACAUUGCCAUUGUCCAAAGUCUCAUCCAUAAUGAUCUUUUAAGGUUAUUUUUUAGUUUGUUUAUUGCAGAAUUAAUAUUUCAUCUUUUGUUGAGAAUGCUUUUGGUAGCUGUCUGAUCAUGUUGAUAAGCCAAAUUUGAACCAAUUUACCUGCCAAUGGUGUUUUCCAAUCUAAUCUACAUCCAGCACAUUAGCAGUCCAAACUAGGGUCUGUACAAGUGUUGGUCAUAGCUUCAUACCAUUUCUUCCCACACUUGUUUCUGCUGGAGACAAUGUUUCCAUGCAUAUAGUCAACAGAGUAUAUAAAAAGUCACAGUGAGUAGACUCCAGCUUAUCCAUUUGUUGUUCAUUGUAUAAAUUUUAUUCUCAUCGUUGGUAUUAACAUGCAGGUUGCUGCCAUCUCAUUGUUUAUGUAAGUUUCUUCCCAUAGAUUAUUCUAAGCCAUUCACACGGUGUAGUUGUUAUGACUAUGUUUUGUGGUAGGUAGUGAGGCAGGGGUUGGGCUCUCUAGGAAGUAAUCAUAAUCGGAGGCCAGGUGGGAAUAACUUGCGUCCUUGAAUGAUAAAAUACAGAAGAACAUGGUCAUAACGAACACUGAUAUAACAUACUGUUAUAAAAAUGCAAAAGUCCUGACUGCUUUACAAUAUGUUGUAAUAUAAAAUUCAUUGUAACAAAUUUUGUGUAAUGAAUUAAUGGAUAUAACAAACUGAUGUUUCAUUGCAAGAAGUAAACUCAAUAUUCCCGUGUGAAUUAAUGAUGUGGUCAAACUCGUGUCCGUCACCACCAGAGGGGAAUCAAACGACAUACUUGGAAGGGAAUCAUGAUCACUACAGUUCACCUACGGGGCGGUCGGGUAGCCUAGUGGUUAAAGCGUUAGCUCGUCACGCCGAAGACCCGGGUUCGAUUCCCGACAUGGGUACAAUGUGUGAAGCCCAUUUCUGGUGUCCCCCGCCGUGAUAUUGCUGGAAUAUUGCUAAAAGCGGCGUAAAACCAUACUCACUCACUCACUCACUACAGUUCACCUACAGAUUGGUGAGGCUCAGCUGCAAUCAGUGGAGAAUCAAUUCUGCAGUUUCACAGUACAUUGUUGCAACCCAUGUGUUAAAACUAAUCAAUGGUUAAAAAGCAAUCACUUGAAUUAUAUUUGAAUUUUGAAUUGUCUCGUGUGCACAUUUAUUUCAAGCAGUGUCAAACUUUCUGAAAUAAUCAGAGAUGGCCGCAAAGAUGACAUCCCCAUUCAUGUCACAUGACACGCUCUUCCAACUUAAUUCUAGUGCUGUAAUGUGUGUUUCUUAUAUUAUCAUAUUGUUACCAUUUGAGACUACCAACAAGUUGAUAUGAACCCAGACUGAAAAUACGCCCACAAUCUCUUGCACAUAUUGAAGUUAAAUGGUUCUUUACAAUCCAUGGUAUUCAAUCAAGUCUUUGCCUACAGAACUCUGAAUGAUAUAAUGAAUGGUGAGGCAAGCCAAUAUACAAAUCUACGGAUAUUACAAACAAGUUUGUUUCAUCAAUCCCUUGGAGUUCGUUAUAACCAUGUUUUACUGUAUUAGGGACUACCAACAUUUCCUACCUUUUGACAAAUCACUAUUUAGUGUGCUAUAGACAUACAGGAAAGGUUACAAGCCUCCUAUAACACAAAUAGUUGUUCAGACAUGCUGUAUCAACCAACAUGUAUGGCUGUAAUCUUGUCUUGUAACUGGUAUUAUGAUAUAACUGUGUUAUAGUAUGUCACAGUUCCCCCCCCCAGUCUAACACAUCUCAGAGACAGGAAUGCAACUUACCCUGAAAUAUUUAUACCUUUAAUAUUGGUCAAAUGGACUCUGGCUAGCAGGCUAGUGACAACUGCAUCCCUGUCGAGAUUCUUUAGAAUACAUUUACCAAAAACAUGGAACUGUGAGAAGGAAUCUGUGUGAUAAAAGGUGCAUUCCAAAGGGUAGUUAUUUGGCCUUGCUUGGGGAAUAUGUUAUUAAGAAUAGAAUAAUACAUACCUCCAGACUUUCUCAUGAUUUGGCACAUUAACAGUUUCAUUGUAGUAUGUUUUUGGAAAGUAUGCCUACCACAUUUAUUUCUGUUGUUUGGUGUGAUUAAUGAUGGCUGUCUUGAGUAUGUGGGUUUAAGAUGGAAUGUGAAUGACCGUGAAGCUGAAGUGUUUGCAAUGACUUGAACAAUAUGGGCUAUGAAUAUUGAUAGAACUCUGUUUUCUUUAACAGUCAACAAAGAACAAGUUAGGUCUUUCUGCAGAGAACUGCAUGUACUCUUGUAUCUUUAUUGGGAAAAUAUAUUUGUCUCUGGUCAUGCCAACAAGAAUUUAAUGCAGGAAGACUUAAAUUAAUGAUAAAUAAGUGCUAUCAGAUCUGUUUAUAUUCAUUGAACUUUUGUCAUUAUGUACUUUAUAUUCGAAUAUGUGAUAUUUGAUUGAAGAUAAAAUUUAGAAAUUGUCAAUUAUUUUUAAUCACCCUUGAAAAACGUUUUUGUAUUAACUGGGAUUUAAUGUAAUUUUCUAGAUGAGUUAAAAAUUAUUAAACAUUCACGUAAUAAGAAUUGAAGAUAACAUUAUUAGUUGUUACAUGAAACCUGUGAUCUACAACACAGUUAUGGGUGGAAUGGACUGGCAUCUUUGUUUUGGCUGUUGAGCCCAUUUCAGGUGUUGCUGGAUGUGUGUGUUGGAAUAUUGCUAAAGCAGCAUAAAACCCAACUCACUCUCUUUGUUUGGAGUGAAACAACAUAGUGUCCAACAUAUCCAAGUCUAAUAAGCUUUUGUGAUGUCAAGAACUUGGUUUUAGUGUGUGGGGAAGGAUGUCCAUAACAAUCGAGUUACUCAUUCACCCAUAACUGAAGUAGAUCUUCCUAUAUCGGAAAUCUGGGGAUCUGUCAGAAAUGUUAACUAUUCUAAAUACUGGGACUACUUUGACCUCUUGUAAGGAAAUGUAUAUUCUUGAAGCAUAAAAAAAUGAAACAUU